AUGUCUUCAAGGCCCGAAUUGAAGGUCGACGAUGAACACGGCUUCAUCCGCUUCUUCAAGUCUCUCCCGGCCGUACACGAAGACACAGUCCGCAUAUUCGACCGAGGCGAUUGGUACACAUCACACGGUGAAGAUGCCAACUUCAUUGCCCGCACAGUAUACAAGACGACGUCUGUCGUGAGGACACUCGGCCGAGAUGAAAAGACGGGUCUCCCCUCCGUGACAAUGACUGUUACGGUCUUCCGACAAUUCCUUCGAGAAGCACUGUUCAAGCUAGGCAAGAGGAUAGAGAUAUGGGAGAGCACGGGCGGCCGCAUGAAUUGGAAGGUUGUUAAGCAGGCGUCUCCAGGCAACCUGCAGGAUGUGGAGGAGGACUUGGGUGGCCAGAUCGAUGCCGCGCCGAUGAUCCUCGCCGUCAAGAUCUCCACCAAGGCCUCCGAGGCCAGAAGCGUUGGCGUCUGUUUCGCGGACGCCAGCGUACGGGAGUUGGGCGUCAGCGAGUUCCUUGACAAUGACCUGUUCUCCAACUUCGAGGCCCUGCUUAUCCAGCUGGGUGUCAGGGAGUGUCUCGUUCAGACGGACAAGGCCGACAAGAACAAGGAUCCGGACCUGGCGAAGCUGAAGCAGAUCAUCACCAACUGCGGCGUUGCCGUCUCGGAGCGGUCAGCUGGCGAGUUCGGCACCAAGGAUAUCGAGCAGGACCUUGCACGUCUUCUUAAGGAUGAGCGGGCAACAACUCUCCUGCCCCAGACCGACCUCAAGUUAGCCAUGGGCUCAGCCGCGGCGCUUAUCAAGUAUCUCGGCGUGCUCCACGACUCAUCCAACUUCGGACAGUACCAAUUGUACCAGCAUGACCUCUCCCAGUUUAUGAAGCUGGACGCGGCGGCGCUGAAGGCGCUAAACCUGAUGCCUGGCGCCCGAGAUGGCGCCAAGUCUAUGAGCUUGUAUGGUCUGCUCAACCACUGCAAGACUCCAGUCGGAAGCCGGUUGCUGUCGCAGUGGCUCAAACAGCCGCUCAUGAACAAGGAGGAGAUUGAGAAACGUCAGCAGCUCGUCGAGGCCUUUGUCAACGACACCGAGUUGAGACAGACGAUGCAGGAGGAACACCUUCGCUCGGUGCCGGAUCUCUACCGUCUCGCCAAGCGGUUCCAGAGGGGCAAGGCUAACCUCGAGGACGUCGUGCGUGCGUACCAAGUCAUUAUUCGGCUGCCUGGCUUCCUAGGAACUUUGGAAGGUGUCAUGGACGAAGCAUACAGGGACCCUCUUGACGAAGCCUACACAACCCCUCUCCGCGGACUCUCUGAUAGUCUCGCAAAGCUCUCGGAGAUGGUCGAGACCACUGUCGACCUGGACGCCCUUGACAACCAUGAGUACAUCAUCAAACCCGAGUUCGAUGACAGUCUGAGGAUCAUCAGGAAGAAGCUCGACAAGCUCAAGAGAGACAUCGACCAAGAGUUUUCAGAUGCAGCUCGCGAUCUGAGGCAGGAGGUUGGCAAAAAGAUCUUCCUUGAGAAUCACAAGGUUCACGGGUACUGCAUGAGACUCACGAGACAGGAAGCCGGCGCCAUCCGGAACAAGUCGGGCUACCAAGAAUGCUCAACACAAAAGAACGGAGUCUACUUCACGACUAAGACGAUGCAGAGCCUCCGUCGCGAGUUCGACCAGCUCUCGCAGAACUACAACAGGACACAGAGCAGCCUGGUGAACGAGGUCGUCGGCGUGGCGGCGUCCUAUUGCCCCGUCCUCGAGAGACUUGCGGGCGUCCUAGCUCAUCUGGAUGUUAUUGUCUCCUUGGCCCACUGCUCCGUCCAUGCGCCCUCCGAGUACGUGCGCCCCAAGAUCCACAAGCGAGGUGAAGGUCAGACUAUUCUCAAGGAGGCCCGCCACCCGUGUUUGGAGAUGCAGGACGACGUUCAGUUCAUCACGAACGACGUCGCCCUGACCCGGGACAAGUCUUCCUUCCUAAUCAUCACGGGCCCCAACAUGGGCGGAAAGUCGACCUACAUCCGCCAGAUCGGCGUCAUUGCCCUCAUGGCGCAGAUCGGCUGCUUCGUGCCUUGUACGGAGGCAGAGCUAACCAUCUUCGACUCGAUCCUCGCCCGUGUUGGCGCCAGCGACUCCCAGCUCAAGGGCGUGUCGACUUUCAUGGCCGAGAUGCUUGAGACGGCCAACAUUCUUAAGUCGGCGACGGCCGAGUCGCUCAUCAUCAUUGACGAGUUGGGCCGCGGUACCUCGACUUACGACGGCUUCGGUCUCGCGUGGGCCAUCUCGGAGCAUAUCGUCAAGGAGAUUGGCUGUUUCGCCAUGUUUGCGACGCACUUCCACGAGUUGACAGCUCUGGCAGACGAGCACCCGCAGGUCCACAACCUGCAUGUCACGGCGCACAUUAGCGGUGGCGGCGGCGAGAACAGCAAGCGCGAGGUGACGCUGCUGUACAAGGUGGACGACGGUGUGUGCGACCAGAGUUUUGGUAUCCAUGUGGCGGAGCUGGUUCGGUUCCCGGAUAAGGUGGUGCGGAUGGCGAAGCGAAAGGCUGACGAGCUUGAGGAUUUUACGUCCAAGCAUGAGGACCUGGGGCUCAAGUACAGCAAGUCAGACAUCGAAGAGGGCAGCGCGCUGCUCAAGGAUGUGCUGCUGCGAUGGAAGGGAGAGGUUGCCGCAGGGCAGAUGAGCAAGCAGGAGAUGGUCUCCAAGCUGAAGGGCUUGGUCAUGGCGGACGAGAAAUUGCUGGCGAACCCUUUCUUCCAGUCUGUCAAGACGUUGUGA